UGAGUACUAGGCAGUCUUCUAACCAUCAAAAUCUCGGGAUUUGAACAAAUUUCCUUAUUUCUUCAGCACUAGUGUGGCGGGUAGUAACAAGAAUCAAAGACUUGGUUUAACCGGUUAACGCAGUUCAGAAAGAUAAGAGUGUAACACCGUUCUACUUUCGGAAACUAGGCACACGUACACGUCCAACAAGUUUGACACAAGACUGACAGUUCCUUAACCAGAAAUGGACUCAAACAAAAGUCGAGGGAGUGGGCUCUUACGCUCACCACCAUCUUCUCCUGAAAAGCUUCCUCUCCCUCCUGUUUCUACAGAGGGAAGGGCGCGAGUUGACAAACUUAUUGAACAAGUCGACAGCAUCAACAUUACAAGUGAUAAAUUUUCUAGUAAAUCACAGGAGCUAUCUCACCUUAAGUGGUGUCAAGAAGCCAUACUUGAUGCCGAUACUCUGAGCUAUGCAGUGGAAAGGUUACAUAUUUAUUGGCUGAGUAACCAAUCAGCAGUCUCCAAAGCUGCUAUUUUUCUGUGCGUCAAUUGGAUGUUUGAAAUUGGUGGGCAGAAAUUAAGACACACCCUUCUAUUGUGCCUACAGAAAGACUUUGAAAACAGGUUGGAUAUGCAAGCAAAGUCACCUGAACAAUUUUUGAAUGCUGCUGCAUUUCUUGUUGAAAUCUACAUACGUGUUCGUAUUGAAAACCAAACUCUUGAAGUUUUAACAGUUCCUGUUUUUCAGUACCUAGAAGAUCUAUUAACAGGAGAUGAUUCUGAGAUUGAACUUUUUGCUAAUUUGCUAGUGGGUCUUGGCUCUACACUCCAUGAAGCCCAAGCAAAGGAGGGAAAGCACACAUCAUUAUCAUUAUAUAGCCCGCUACAAAAUAUUUUCAUUAAAGUUCGCUCCACAUUAAUGUCCCGUAAUUUAUCCAGUCAGAGUCGGCUAUGGCUGCUUUUUAUUAUGGACAUGUCAAGUAGUGGAGACUAUCAAUCACUUUCACCAUCCCUCGAAAUGUUUUACAAGAAUAAGGAUCACUUGGGAGCUGGUGGAGAGAUUCUUUUGAAAUGUUUGGAGCUAAUUAGAAGCCCAGAUGAAAAGUCUUCUGAUAAAAUUUUGCCAAAAGUUGUAGAUGCAGAUGUUGGUACACAAAUAGCUGGUAUCCAAAUCUCUCCUCGUCCCAAAGUUAAAGAGGAUUCUGAGAAAAAAACUACCAUUGGUCUCACAAAGAAAAGUCCGGAGAAGAGUGAAAUCCUGGAUAAAAGAGAGAGUUUUCGCUGUGCAAUGGAUCAGACCAAAGGAAGCAAAGGUAAAAGUUACUGGCUACAUGAUGAUAGGUUCGAGAAAGAAGAUUCAUAUGGAUCCAACAAGGACAGGAGCAAUGAAAACUUUACAAAACCAAGAGCAAGUCAAGGAAAUUGGAGACGACCAUCAACUCCUAAAGAUGAUAAAGAAGGUAACCACAGCUCCAGUGAUGGUAACUGGAGACAGUCUCAAAUAAAAAGAAGUGACAAGGACAGUAAAGAAAACAGUAAAAGCACGCCUGUGGAGAAUGUGCCUUCUCUUGCAGCUCAUAAUGGUCAUUCAAAUGAGGAAUGUUGGGAUUGAAUGGCAUUACUUUUAGAUAAAUUUGACAGUGCAAAUGCAUACUGUUUAUUUUCCAUUUUAUUUUUAGUACAUUAUUUAAUUAUUACUAUGUAAUGAUGGGCUACAAGCUUAACAUUGCACUCUGUAAGGUAUUUAGAUACAAACAGAUACACUAUACAUAUUAACGUAGGUAUCUAGUUUUGUAGAUUUAGUACAAUAAACUAUUUUUCUUUGAAAAGAUCUUACCUAAAUAAUGCAUGAUCAGAGAUCUGAUUUGAUUGAUUUCAAUCACUGGUUUGAUGUCCAAAAGGAAAGAUACAAACUGAAUAAUUUUUGCCUGUUAUGUUUUAUUUUCUCAUUUUGUCCUACAUCAAUCUGUUAUUACAGUAAUUAAGUAAGAAGUAAAGAGGACAUCACUUCAGCUUUGCUCAAAUAAAACUGCAACAUGUGAUAUUAUACUUUAGUAAGAACCCUGUUUAGCAUAACUAAGACUUGAGGGUAAAGACAAGUUAUUCUCUUCACAAUAAACAAAUGAUGCUUUUUCAACUUGAUGGAAAGGUAGUGUCACUUGCCAAAUGAUUCAGAGUGUUAAUUGACAGUUAUCUAAAUAUAAAAUAAAUAUUGUAAAGUUAUGAAUAUAUUUAUAUUAAACAA